GUAAUGCCGCUGCCCUCAUGGCACAGGCCAAAUACCAGAGUUUCAUCGAUGCCCGCAACAAGCUCUUUUACCAGGUCGCAGAUGCCUACUAUCCACUCUACGAAUUAGACGAGCAGUUGCGCCUGCAAAGGGAAAACCUUGAAAUACUGGAGUCAUUUAUGACUUUGGCCCAAAGCAAAUACGAAAACAACCAGAGCAGUAUGGUAGAUGUGCUGCGGGUAGAUAUCAUGAUUAAGGAUGCCCGCACCAACAUCGAUAUCCUGGAGGAUAAGCGCCAGCCGCUGCUGACCCGUUUCAACAACCAGUUGAACCGUGAUGCUUCGGAAACCGUCAGCAUUGUGGAUACUAUAAAUGUAUCUCCUUUGCCAGAUGGCUAUCGCAGGGACAGUUUAUUGAUAAACCACCCCUUGCUUGAAGAGCUGAGCCUCAAGGAAGAAGCAAUGAAGGAACAGGAAAAAGCGGCCAUUCGCAAAGGCCUCCCCAGUUUUGGCCUUGGUCUCGAUUAUGUUUUGGUAGGUGAACGCACCGAUAUGGAUCUUGCUGACAAUGGGCAGGAUGUAGUGAUGCCGAUGUUGACCAUGAGUCUUCCCAUUUUCAGGGGAAAGUACAAGGCAGCCAAAGAGGAAGCGCGAAUCAUGCAGGAAGCGUACAGGGAUAUGCGGCAGGAAAUGGCCAACAACCUGGGAAGUGCUUACGAGAUGGUCUGGUUUGAGAUGGAAAAGCAGCGUCAGAACCUCGAUUUAUACCGUGAACAAAUCGAUGAAACGGGCCAGGCACUGAACCUAUUGUUCACUUCCUACUCCAAUAACGGAAAUGACUUUGAAGAAGUGCUUCGCAUGCAACAACAGUUGCUGAAAUACCAAAUGAUGCAGGCUACCAGCCUCUCCGAGUACAAAAUAGCGGAUACGCCCACUGAAGAAGUACAUGAACACACCGAAAUGGCCGCUGGGGAAGAAACCGUCUGGACCUGCUCCAUGCACCCUCAGAUCCGGCAAAGUGAACCCGGUGAUUGCCCCAUCUGCGGCAUGGAUCUCAUUCCGCUUGAGGAUGAAGCCGGUUCGGAGAUGGAUCCUAUGGCCAUAUCCAUGUCGCCUACAGCCAUGCAAUUGGCCAACGUACGUACGGCUACAGCAGGUGCUAUGGAGCCGCUGAAAAAAGUUCGCCUCAACGGGAAAGUGCAGGAAGACGAACGGCUCGUUUUUUCCCAGACCAGCCACAUCCCCGGUCGUAUCGAAAAUCUAAAUGUGAACUACACCGGUGAGUUUGUAAAAAAAGGCCAGUUACUGGCACACAUCUAUUCCCCUGACCUGGUAACCGCCCAGGAAGAA